AGCUUCUCUUUUUCUGUCUCUCCCCCGGCUCUUCCUCUUUCUCUCACAUUCUCUCUUCCCUCUUUUGUGGCUGUAAGCCUAUGAGCUGGCGUGGGCCCUUCCUUACUACACACCCAGCGGGGCUUUAUAAAGGCAGGGCCGGAGGUCUCAGCAGCCACACACACUCUCUGCCUGUGCCUCUUGCCUUUUGGUCUGGGUGCUGCUCUGAAAGCCGGCUGUGUCAACCGCUCCAGGCUGCAGGUCGCGUGGAUUAGAGAUGCUUUACGGGGCCCCCGAUCUUCUCGUUAUCCUUCUUGGCUCCAUCCUCGUGGCCGCGGGCCAGGCCGCUAUGGACAGCCAAGCGCUGUACGAACUGGAGAAGGAGCCAGCCUACUGGGAUGCACAGGCAAAGACAACACUGGAUGCUGCACUGAAACUCCGACCUCGGGAUCACCAGGCCAAGAACAUCAUCCUUUUCCUCGGUGACGGAAUGGGCGUGUCCACAGUGUCAGCAGCUCGAAUCCUGCGAGGUCAGAUGGAGGGUGGUUCUGGGGAAGAAACCAUGCUGGCCAUGGACACCUUCCCAUACGUGGCCCUGUCUAAGACCUACAGUGUGGAUAAGCAGGUAGCGGACAGCGCCAGCACGGCUACAGCCUACCACUGUGGGGUGAAGGCCAACGCGAAGACAGUAGGACUCAGUGCCAACGCGGUGGCCUACGAGUGUAACACCACCUUCGGCAACGAGGUCUACUCAGUGCUGCGGCGUGCUAAAGCUCAAGGUAAAUCAGUUGGCAUAGUGACCACCACCCGGGUCCAGCACGCCUCCCCAGCCGCUGCCUACGCCCACUCCGUCAGCCGCAGCUGGUACAGUGAUGCAGAUCUUCCUUCCAGCGCACGCCAACACGGCUGCGUCGACAUCGCCACCCAGCUGGUCACCAACAUUGAUAUUGAUGUCAUUCUAGGGGGAGGCAGGAUGUACAUGACACCAAAAGGCACCCCUGACCCCGAGUACCCUACGUCCAACUCUCGCAAGGGCGACCGCAAAGACAAGAGAAACCUCAUUGACGUGUGGCUGAAGGCUAAACCAAACAAGAAAUCGCACUAUGUUUGGCACAGGAAGGACUUUGAUGAGAUAAAUGUUAGAACUACUGACCGCCUCAUGGGUCUGUUUGAGCCCAAGGACAUGAGAUUUGAGGUUUUCCGGAAUAACACGCGUGAUCCAUCCAUUGUGGAGAUGACAGAAAAGGCCAUUCAAAUCCUCAGGAAGAAUCCCAAAGGAUACUACCUAUUUGUAGAAGGAGGGAGAAUCGAUCACGGCCAUCAUGACGGUAUUGCCAAACUGGCGCUGACUGAAGCGGUGAUGUUCGACCGUGCCAUCCAGCGAGCAGCGCAGCUCACCAGAGAGUCUGACACACUGACCGUGGUCACUGCUGACCACUCUCAUGUCUUCACCUUUGGUGGGAACACACCUCGUGGGAAUCCCAUCUUUGGUCUGGCACCGAAGAAAGCAGACGACAAAAUGCCUUUCACCAGCAUCCUCUAUGCCAACGGCCCCGGUUAUGUUCAUAUAAAUGGAACCAGAGGGAACAUCACAAUGGUGGAUUAUUACGACGAGGAGUACAUGCAGCAGGCUGCCGUCCCAUUGGAUGCUGAGACGCACGGCGGGGAGGAUGUGGCCAUCUAUGCAAAAGGCCCAAUGGCUCACCUUUUCCACGGAGUGAAGGAGCAGAACUACGUGGCGCAUGUCAUGGCCUACGCUGCCUGUUUGGAGCCUUACACGAACUGCCCCCCUCACCCUCACAGCCACUCUUCAGCUGGACGUGUGAGCGCACCUUUCAACCUCCUGUGUGGCCUGCUUGGCCUCCUCUGGUUGUUCAGAUGACCCCCCGAACAGGCACAAAUCAACACAGACCUACACAGUUACAUUGCAUGCAUGCAGCAGAACAGACUAUGCACUAAACACUCAGAGUGUACAUGCACACAUAUGCACUGUAUGCGCACAGGCUGGCAAAUCAGAAUGCAGGGAUAAACGUUCACAAGUACUGUAUUUGUCAACAGAAAAAUAUUCACAUCACUUAAUAUCUAACCCUGCACACUUGUAACCUAUCGUGCAUGUAAAAUGCAGGCUUAAGCAUGCAUGUGUUAACUCUUUUCAGGUGCAUACUAACACGCAGCCAGGCACUGCAGGCUAGUACACACACAAAUAUGCAAAGAUUAACAGUCAUUCAUGUGUGAGCAGGUCUUCACGAAACACCCCUUACCAUUGUCUCCAUUGCAAAGCCUUUCACACUUGCAGUACUUUAUUUAAACGGUUUCUUUCACUUGCAGCCUGCUCUUCCUCAUCAUUUUGUUUAGCUAGAGAUUUUCCCAUUCUCAUUUCUUAAGUUUAUUACAUCACUGUUCGCUGUAAUUUACUAAUUACGCAUUCAUCUGAGGUCUUGCCCAGAAUAACUUGAAAUACACAAACAGUCUGAGGGCUCACUGUUCAACCUUUGGAGCUUUAGGCAGGACACACAACUGUGCGUGAUUGUCGCUGUCCACAAGGAAGAAAUAACUCCACGAUGGCACCAGAAACCGGAAAUAAGAGCCAUCACGCCGUGCAAAGCUGCAACACAAACAGACCUUUCAAGAGCUCAGUAAGAUGCAGUUCAUCUUUCUGAGUCUUUCAGGAAAUAGAAAAUACUGUAUGUAGCAUUUUUUAUUAACUAUGUAACGUGACCUCAUCGGUUCCCAUUAUGUCUUUCAUUAGAUUGUAUGUCACUUGAUGCAGUAUGUAAUCUAUUGGAACUGUAAAUGAAUGUAUUUCUUAAGAAAAUUGUAAAUGUAUUUUUAUACUGUUUUUUUCUGCAAAUGUAAAAGCAUAAAAAAUCAGGUUUUCUUGGUGAGUUCAUUCUUCAGUUCAUUUAUUUUAGGGUAACACCUUAUUUUAUGACUUCUAUAGAUGGAUUUACUGACGAGAGCUUUGCACAGUUUGGUCUAGUGUGAGCAUUAAAGUCAAGCAUCAGGCCUCACAGCUAGUGCAAACACUUGACACAAGGUUUAAGGUAGUCAACACCUCAUUCUGAUUGGUC